CGCCUUGGAAGUGGUGGCGCGCGUCACCUGACAAUGACCCAGUUUCAUGACACCGGGUGAGAAGGAAGUUAGAAGUUCGCCUAACAGAGCAGGGGGGAAAAAAACCCGGAUUUUGUUGCUUUAUGGUCUAAAUUCGGCGUGUGGUGAUAAGCGAAGCGCCUGUAAAGACCGGGUGAAACCAGUGUGAGCACAGAGCGUUAACUAAUCUUUGGAGAAGGACCGAGGCCAUGCUAUUUUUGUAGGAUCUGUUCGCGUCCGAUUCAGCAGCUGUUCCCAAGGGUAACGAACCAGUCGCACCGUUCCCAGCUUCAGGGUCGUUGGUGCCGCUAGUUGGUGGUCAUCCAGCCGGGCCUAGCUCCUUGUUCCGACAGAAAAAAACGACAAUGUGCUCCGUAAUAACCAGGAUGAGACCCCUUCAUCGGGCGGUAGCCCUGUCGCUUCGUCUCGGAGCCAACGCCGAGAGCUCGAGUUAUGCGGCAACCCAGAGCAGGCGCCUCUCCCCCGGCUCGGGUUCCGGUUCUGUCGCCGAUGUGCUGCGGCUCAACGCCAGGUUUUACUGCUCCAGGACGGCGAGGACCGAAGGACUGCUCUUCCGACAACUGUUUGAGGUGGAGAGCUGCACCUACACCUACCUGUUGGCAGACACGAACACCAAAGAGGCCAUUAUAAUUGAUCCUGUGCUGGAGACAAUUGACAGGGACCUGAACCUGGUGGAUGAACUGGGGCUCAAGCUGACCCUAGCAGUAAACACCCACUGCCAUGCUGACCACAUAACGAGCUCCGGGCUGAUGAAGAAAAGAAUUGCGGGAUUGAAGAGUGCCAUCUCUAAAUUCAGCGGUGCCACUGCAGAUAUCCUGCUGUCAGAAGGCGACAGGAUCCCCUUUGGAAAACACUAUUUGACUGUAAGAGAAACCCCGGGGCACACAGAUGGGUGCACAACGUUCGUGUCAGCAGAUGAGAGCAUGGCUUUUACUGGGGACUCUCUGCUCAUCCGAGGCUGUGGAAGAACAGACUUCCAGCAGGGUUGUGCGAAAUGCCUCUACGAUUCGAUCCAAGACAAGAUCUUCACUCUGCCUGAUCACUGCCUGAUCUACCCAGCACAUGACUAUAUAGGUCAGACAGUUUCCACGGUUGGUGAGGAACGCAAGUUUAACCCCCGCCUGACAAAGUCCAAGGAUGAGUUUGUGGAGAUCAUGAACAACCUGAAUCUCCCAAAGCCGGAUAAAAUAGAUAUUUCAGUGCCUGCUAAUCUAGUUUGUGGACUACAUGGACUCUGAAUGUCUUGUAGAAGGAAAACAUGUUCAUAAUAUCAGUGACAUAACCACAGAAUAAUUCACACUCAAAUAUUUGUUUCAGCAAACCAGACCACAACAACUUAACAUAAAGUGCUUUUAUUGUUUGUGUUAAAUUAUGUAUUUGAAAAUUUAUCAUUUGGUGUGCAGCUACUAAUGUAAGUAACUACAGUUGAGCUUAAAACAGAAAAGCAGUAAGUAGUUGUAUUGUGAAACAAAUUAUAACAAUGCCUUUCUCUAUGAAUAGGACUAUCAGCUUUUGUUAUUUUCUCUGUACAGCUGUAAUAUUGUGAAUAAGUAACAUCAUUGAAGGAAUGAAUGAACAGGAAAUUUUUAACUAAGGGAAAUAAAUGCUUUAAAGGAUUGGGUUAGUGUUCAUGUUGCUUUACCAUGGAUGUUUGACUCCUAUACGAAUAACAUAUAUAAUUUAAUCACAAACACUGCUACCAGUCCCAGUAUUAUUGGGAUAGUUUUUCAUCAAAAACAAUAAAGGAGUUGUUUUUAUGGUAGAACAAGUCAGGCAACCCUGUAAUGGCUCUGGCUCUUGUAUAGAGGAGUAUCUAGUAAGAUGUAUGUUGUAUAAUUAGAUGUAGAAUAAGAAAGCCCAAUCCUUUGUCAAACUUUGGAUUCUAGAUUUUUCUGAUUGUGCCGCUUUCAGCCAUGUGACUCAAUAACCGUUUCAAAGGCCAGUAUCAAAAUAAAAAGGUUUUAAGAUGAAAACAUCACUGCUGUCAUAAUUGCAAGAAACCAAUUAUAGUUUGUAGUCACCAAGGGAAAACCGAACGUAUGACGGUAAAUAAGAAGCACAACUUUUAGUUACUAGGUUCCACAGUGCCAUACCGAAGCCUUCAAACACAUAUUUAUGUUUUACUUCCAAGGAGUCAGACUUCUUUUAAAGUGGGACCGAUUGUUUUGAAGGUUUUCAGAUGUAUAUUGUUGAUAUUUAAUGUGCCAUAUUCAAAUAUUUGAGCCACUCAA